AUGUCGAAACGAUCUAGUUCCUUUGUUCGCCGGGAUAAAAGUGGUGAAAUAAAACGUUUAAAAAGACAAUUAAAAGAUAUGCAGGAGCAAUUAACCAAUAUUCUAAGUUCAUCUAGUUCCAGCGAGGAAUCACCAGAUGCUUCAGAUAAUGAGUCACAAGAAUCACAAGUUCUGGGUGCUUUACCAACAACCAAUCAAUUGCAUCCCUUAGAGCCAGAAAUUACAAUAAUUGAGGAUAGUGCUACCCAGGCAAAUACUAAUAUUCCAGAACAAAAUAUUACUGGACUUGGUAUUAACCCCGAUUGCGUUACUACUGAAGGAAAACCCCUACAUGAGGAAAUUGUGGUUCGAUGGACCUCAUAUUUGUUAAAAGGCCUAACUAAAGAUCAGAGAAGGGAGAUAAUAAAUAAAUAUAAAAUUCCAGCUAACUGUAAAGCUCUGAUUCCUCCCCAGGUCAAUAGUGAGAUUCAGGCUUGCUUGCCAAGAGCAGCGCACGAACAUGAUUGUUUCAUGAUAGCACUCCAAGAGCAACUGGCUCAUGGACUAUCAGCAGUGGGGACUGUGUUAGAAAAAAUGUUACCAUUUCCAGAACAGGCAAAUGAAUUAAAAAUCUUGGCAGACGCCUGUCAGUUGUUCACCAAUAUACAUAAUGCCAUCUCAACUCAUCGUAAGUUUAAAAUAGUUCCUCACCUAAACGGGGACUGUAAAAAAGUGGCAAAGACGAUGGAAAUAGAUGAAUUUUUAUUCAGUAAAAAUUUUGCUGAGGCAGUUAAAAAUGAACAAUCCAUGAAGAAAUCUAGCACCGUCUUCAAGAAGAAAGCUGUACCUUCAUCAUACAGCGCCCCGGGUACUUCAGGUUACCAUCAGCCCAGCUAUUUAAACUACCAGCGUCAACCGAACAGGGACAGAAUGAAACAAAAGAAGGAGAGGAAGCCAUCAGAUCGUUACCACAAGCAGAGUGUCAGGAAAUAUCCAUACCGGAAGUGA